AUGUCAAAAACACCAGCAAUUUAAUUUCAAGAGAACAUAUAACCGCAAUAUUCAGAUAAAACAAAAUGGGGAGUCCUCUUUGCAUUUUGUUAUCUAGCGUAAUAUUUUAUAAUAAUUUUAGAUUUUCAAAUGUUCUUGGUUUUGUAAGCUAUUCUCCCAUUUCUAAUAAUGCCGCCCUCUAUUAUUAAAUAUCACUUAAUGAUCUUUUCUGGAUUGGCAAUAUGUACUACAUUACAUUCUUUGUUUUUGGUCCACUCUUUAUUCCAUUAUUAGAAAAAAGAUUAGAUUUAUGUUUGAAAUUAGCCUCAAUUCUAACAACACUAGGAACUUGGAUUGUUUGGAUAGCCUAAUCCAAUUAUGUUGUCUGUUUAAUUGGCUACUUCUUUGUUGGAAUCAGCGAAGCAUUCUAUUUAGGUGUACCAGUUUGUAUGUUUAUAAUAAUUUAUUUAAAAAGAUUUAUCAGAAGUCUGGUUUACUGCUUAUGAUAGAACAUUGGCAACAUGUUUCGGUAGUUAUGCUACUUUAGCAGGUAUCAUGA